GCAAAACGCCUUCCAUAUAGAGAAGCUAUGGCUUCCAAAAUUCACAGGGGUAGCUCCUCCCAAGGCUCCUGGAGAGAGGAGAUGCAGCAGGCUUCAGAUAAGUCAGUUAUAAUCAGUGAAAUUUUGGACCCAAGGACUAAAAACCUCUUGUCUAUGUCAAAGAUAAGUGACUAUGUUUUGUCAAAUGAGCUUGUUAGCAUGGCAUUGGCCAUGGUGGCAGAGGACCGUCAAAUAAAUGAUGUUUUGGAAGAACUUUUCGCUGAAGAGGGAAAUGAGAUGCAAAUAAGAGGGGCAGAUCUCUACCUUUGUGAGGGUGAGGAGUUGAGUUUUUACGAAGUGCUCCUACGUGCGCGACAAAGAAGAGAGAUUGUGAUUGGUUACCGUCUUGCUAAUGCAGAAAAAGCUAUCAUCAAUCCCCCGGCCAAAACAGAGAGAAGAAGGUGGUCAGUUAAGGAUGUUUUUGUUAUAAUAGCUGACAAGGAAUAAAAUAUACCAACAGUGAAAUCCUUUUAGCCACCUGAAUUUCUCGCGUAUCACUGGUAAUGCAAGGUGCUGUAAGAUCUUGUCAGAUCACAUCUCAAAUAAAUGAGCUAUGGAUGGAGAUGAAAGAGCACUGAGCACUGAGAACCAAUUUGUUGCCUCAUCAGCUCUUGUUGUUCGUUCACGGAGUGUACUAGGAUAAUUGGCUGAACAUAAUUGGUUACAGUUUUCUCUAAAUGCCAUACGCAGUAGACUCUUUCCUCUCAUGAAAAGGUGUAACAAUGUCUCUAUAACGAUGCCAAUUCUGUUGUAUAUCAAGCCUUCAAUGUGUUGUACCACUACACUAACUGUAUCGGCACAAAUAUUUAUGUUAGCACUUCGAUCUA